CGUCCGCCGCCAUCCCGCCGGGGACACCCCUUCCCUGGGCCGCGCGAAGGAGAGCGCAGGGGGCAGCACUCGGGGUGUCCCCGCAUCAGGGAAUCGCUCCUGGGUACACUCGCCAGAGAGCAGCACCAGGGAGAAAAGAUGGAGCGGCAGCUGGGGAAGAUAGUGCACACCCAGCGGAAUCUCUUUGGCCCAGUAGACCAUGAGCAGCUGCACUGGGAAUUCCAACACAUGCUGCGCAGCAACAUCGAAGGGGCCCAGCAGAAGUGGAACUUCGAUUUCCUACAGGAUGUGCCAAUGGAGGGAUUCCUGCAGUGGGAAGAGCUGGGGGGCCAUGAGGUGCCAACCUUCUAUCACAGCUGUGUGGUGAGAGAGAGACGGAGGCCACUGCGGCAUCUGAACCGGCCCUUGUGUAGGGAAGAAAAGGCUCACCAGUUGACCCUGACGGCACUGGCAGAGAAACCAAAGGCUUCCAAGCAAACAGGAGCUGGGAAGGUCCCAGAAGGAAAGAAAAGAAGACAGACAUCUUUAACAGAUUACUACUCAGGAAAGAAGCGAAUCAGGACGAAUACACAAGCUGCUGCAAAGAAGCCAACUGCUCGAAAGCAAGCACUGGACUGUUCUGUACCAGAGAGGCUACAAGCAUCUGCUGGGUUUCCUUAGCAUUGAAAAACUUCAUGUGCAGGAUUGGACCCUUAAGGACAUCACACUAAGAUGUACACUGAUGACAGGAUCUCACAAGUACAAAAAACUUUUGUUGGAAUGAGUUCAGGCCAAAUCAACUGGAAACACUUCAGUGAGAAAUGACUAGCCUUAAAAAACACUAGUUAGUGCAUGUGGUCUCUACAGGAUUCGGUGAAGGCUAGCAGUUUAAUGUGCACUAAAAAUCACUGGACAUGAGAAAAUAAUGAACACUUAAAAAAAACCAGCACCUCUAUGCGUGUAAUGCUGUUCUUGGACAUGUCAGUGUACAGUUGGGAUUUUUUAUAUUAUGUCUUUGCAUAUCCUUUUUUUUUUCCUUAAAGCAGGGUGACUUAUUAAAUAUCACCAUCUCAUUUUUACAGGUCUGACAACUAAAAAUAAUUCCCAGGCACAUCUGUGUUUUUUAUCAGGUACAAAAUUUUGUGCUUACAGCUAUCCAGAGCAUAAGUAACAGCAGUUGGGUGCCAAGUAUUACUGGAUUGUAAAUGGAGAAAGCUGAAAUUAUUUGGGAAAGUUUCCAUUUAUAUCAGCAGCCGUGUUAACUCUGUAUGUCUGCCCACCGUGGAAGAACUGGGUAGUUCAGCUUGUUAUGAGUACAUGUUUCCAGACAUACUCUUGCAUCUUUCAAGUCAUUCCUGUUAUCAGCUGUGUAAAAAUUCACCUGUUAUUUUCAGCUGUGCUAUUCCAUCUAGGACUUUGAAUUUGCAGUGUAAAUUAGGAUAAAAUUUGCUGUGCGUUCAUCCACAGUUUUUAAAAAUGCCUGCUGCUUGUAAGAAUGUGCUACAAAAGAGGUAAACUAUUUAGUUUCUUUUAGUGCUUUUUUCAUACUAACAAUGUUUUUGUAAGAAGAGAAAGGGCAUUAAUAACACCUCUUGACAUUG